AUGAAAAAAUGGGUGGACAUGGGCAGUCUUCCCCAGAAAUUUAGAGACAAAGUGAACAAACUUGAAAGAAAUUUUGCCGUCUCAACUGUCGUCUUCAAUAAAUUUCUACCUAUAUUUAAGGAUAUUUUCUCCUGCCCAAUAUUUCCACUCAGUGCUUAUUCAAUGUCCUCUGACAAUCCUCCAAAAGCUAUUAAGGGUAGAAAACAGAAGAGAACCACUAUAACAGUAAAUGAACUGUUCACAUUCUGCUGGUGUACAUUUAUACAAGUUAAAGGGAAUUUUUCGACCAUCAGUGAUGACCUAGUUAACUGCUACCACCUCCUUCUCUGCUGCCUUGAUUGGCUCUUUGCCAACGUCCUACUUAGCAACAGGCGUGACCUAAUUUGCAAUAAUUUUAUUGGCUUGCCAAGAAACUACAGCCUUCGCGAAUACAAAAUCCCAUCUGAGCCACCGUGUAUCAUACAAAUACUUUGUGACAAUCAUGAUGGUAUAUACAAGGAGGCAAAGGGUAUCAAGGAACAUUUCUUCAAGCAGUACAUGAGAAAAUUGUUUGAGAAAAAGAUUCUGAUAGGGCAGGCAGACAAUCUCAUGAAAGUUUUAGAACUUGAAAAUUUUGAUAGAAACAAUAAAUCUAUAAAUAGCACAUAUGACGAAUUCGUCUUAAACAUUGGAGAUUUUGAUGAGCGAGUCUUCUUCGGGGCGGAUGCUUCAGCUGAAAUCGGCACCCCCACUCCUGCCAACAAUACUCCUUGUGCUAUUGCAGCUGCCAAUAGUGAAGCUGGCAACGUUACUUCAGCAGCAGCUGCAGCAUCAUCACAGUUACCGCCGCCAUCGUCAUCAUCCUCAUCUGCAAAUGCGUCGUCAUCAUCGACCUCGUUAGCUUCGUCGACGCCGAUGGUCAAGUGUAAUAAUGGUAACAAUGGUGACGGUGAGAAUGCCAGUACCGGCUCUGAUACGAAACAGUUGCAUCCCACCACACCGCUGACGAACAGAGGCUACCUCGGAGAAAAAGACAGAUUCACUUCCCCCGUCUCGACAGCCACGCACAGCGUCAGUCGUCUGCUUGCCCUGCUCUCUAGUCGCAAGUAUGGUCCAUCAGAUGAACUGUCUAGACUGUUUGAAAAUUGUCCAAAGAACCCUUCUGCAUCUAUAACAAAGAGGAUUAGAGAUAUGGGAGCCAUUUUUUGCAGAGAAUUUUUACAGCCAAACAACGCCAACAACAACAGCAACAACAAAAACGUCAUUGACGACAGCAACAACAUGAACAACACGAUAGUAAAGAGCAGACUGUACUUAUCUGAGAGUUUAUAUUACCUGUUGUUGGAGAAGAUAAUACAGAGUGAAUCUAAAAAUCCAAAUUUCUUAGAGAAGCAGAUUAAUACAGUCGUUUCUACCAUAUUAGUCCAAGAUGAAUUACACAGAUCCUUGUUUGCAGUAUGCCUGGAGAUUGUCAUAUUCUCAUAUAACUCUCCAAAGAUUUUCCCAUGGAUAAUUGAUGUAUUGGAAAUUCCGGCUUUCAGUUUCUACAAAGUGAUUGAGAUUGUUAACAGGGUUGAGAAGGGAUUUUCUAGAGACCCGCAGCUACAACAGCCACAACAAAAUCUUAAUUCCCCUAUCAAUUCUGUAUAUACCGUUAUGUUGAAUUUAGUUAACCAAGCAGGGUCGCACUCCAAUCAACCGAUAGUCGAUGCUUUCACAUCUCCAGUUCCAGUGAAAAGAAGAUUAUUCGACUCUACGCCUUCAUCGUCGUCGUCAUCAUCGACAUCAUUAUCAACACCUCUUAUAAAUGUGUCAUCAUCAUCAUCUACUACUACUACUAUUGCUGCUGCUGCUACAAAUAAUAAUGGUAACCUCACCACUGCUUCUAGCGGUUUUAUUAAUACUACUCCCAUAGUUAUAACCCGCUCACCCACUAAGACCAUCACUACUAGGAAGGUGGCUGCUUCAAGGGCUGCUACUACACUCGGUGGUAACAGUAUUGGUAAUGCUAUUAGUCUGGUGGCUGUUACUGCUGCAAACGUUUUUACUACUUCUUCUGCCUCCACUACUGCUACUACUGCUUCAACAGUUGCAACUGGUAAUAUAAUUACCAGAUCAGUUAUGGCUGAUAGUAAUAGGAAUAAUGUUAAUAGUAAUGCUGGUGCUGGUUGCAAUAAGAGUGUGAUAAUACACCUCAGUCCAAAGCAGAAGAGAAAGAACGUUGAAAAGAUCGACAGCAUUCCGAGCGCUCCCCCCACCAAGAUGGCCUCCCUUGCUACUGUCAACAACGAAAACGUCGUCAUCAACAACAACAAUAAUAAUAAUAAUAAACCUAAAAAAUCAGGAUCAAUACCGUUGUUCUUUAGAAAGGUUUAUUACCUGGCCAGUACGCGACUGAGGGAUCUGUGCGAUCGCAUCGGCAUCGACCAGUAUCUGUGCAAUAUCAUCUGGACCUGCUUCGAGUACACGUUCGUCCAGCACAUACAUCUACUGAUGGACAGGCAUAUUGAUCAGCUGAUCAUGUGCUGUGUGUAUGUUAUUUGUAAGGUUUACAGGAGUGUGUUACUUGAGAAUCGCAAUUUACCAACAGCAGCAUCAGCAGUAGCAACUUCAUCUUCCAAUUUUUUUGAGCCUGCCGGUCAGGUGGCCAAAGCGCUGGACGCUAGGGAUGAACGGAGAUUGAGGAGGGAGAAUAAGCAAGAGCUGAAUAUGGUACGUUCCUCGAGUACCCUACCUGGGCCGGAGCCAGAAAGUCAGCCACCGACUCCGACGAAGGUGGCUGGCGUUGGUACGUCGUUUCAAUUCGAGGAGAGGGGUGAUCUGAUUAAGUUCUAUAACUCUAUUUUCAUAGCACUGGUCAAAUCAUUUGCCAUAAAGUUCAACAUCAAAGAUGGAAAAUCAGGCAACGUCAUUCUGUCUCCGCUACCGGCAUUGCACAGUCAAAUGGUCUCUCCCAGACGCGUCUGCAACAACAUCUAUGUCUCGCCUAUCAACAACAACAGUAGCAGAGGCAUGUCUAGAUACCGCGACAACAACAGCAGUAGCAACGACAACAGCGGCAACAACGGUGCAAGUGGUAGUUUGACUCCUUGCAGCGCUCUUUUCUACUGUUUCAAUAAGAGCCCAUCCCAGGAUUUGCACAAGAUAAACAAAAUGCUGAAAAAGGGCUCAUUCAAUAGCAGCAACAACAACAACACCACCAGCAGUAGUAGCAGUAGUAGCAGCAACACUCCAAACAUUAACAGCAGCUGCAACUUCAGCAGCUGCAACUUAACUCCAAACACAAACAAAAAUCUGAUGAAUAUGAACGACUGUGACGACAGCGCUCACAGUAACGAUGAUACAAGCUUAGUUCAGUGGUUGAACUAUAGCAAGAAAGAGUACUGCGAGCUAUGCAGACACAAAUAUCUGUUUACUCCAGUAUAUGCCCCAGACAUGCCAAAACGUCUGCCUAUUAAGGAUAUUUUAGGCGGAUUAUUCAGAAGUGUAGGGCGGGCCCUGAGGUAUUGGCUCCAUUAUACAUUGGUGGCUAUUGCUUGGCUUGGGGUGGUACCUUUAGCAGCUUGUAGGAUAUAUAGGUGUCUUUUUACUACUAGUUCUGUCGGUUCGUUACUCUCACUACCGCUCGAUUUUGUGUCGACGGAGAACAUAAUUUCAGACUGUUUCAGAGGUUGUUUCAUAAUGACUUGUACUCUGUGCACAUUCAUAAGCCUCGUCUGGCUCAGAGAGCAGAUCAUGAUUGGUCCGAACAAUAUGGUCCCGGGGGUUCCCCAAGGGAAUUUUCCCAAUAAUUUCAACAAUAUGGCCGCCAAUGAAGAAAAUAAUUGGAAUCCGCUGGAAUGGGAUAGAGCUGCUGAAGAGCUAACAUGGGAAAGAUUAUUAGGUUUAGACGGUUCACUACAAUUUCUGGAGCACGUAUUCUGGGUUAUUUCACUCAACACUCUAUUCAUAUUGCUAUUUGCUUUUUGUCCUUUCCACAUUGGUAAUUGCAUUAUCACUUUUUUCGACAUAAAGAAUUAUUUCGUAGCUACCAGGUUUGAUGGUUUGUUAUCAGCGUUGCUUGGCUAUUUAGUGACGGGUCUUAUACUGUCGACCUUUAACUACUUGUCUGGAGUUUUAAAAUUUAAGAGGAUAAAAAAGUUGACAGGCGUAUGUUACAUCGUCGUGAAAGUUUCAUUGCUCGUGGUCAUGGAGAUUAGCAUCUUUCCGUUGAUUUGCGGAUGGUGGCUGGAUAUCUGUUCUUUGAGCAUGUUCGACAUGACGAUGAAAGAGAGGUUAGGCAACUUCAAAUCGUCACCAACUUCAUCGUCCUUUCUGCACUGGCUCGUCGGCAUGGUCUACAUUUUUUACUUCGCGUCAUUUAUCUUGCUGUUAAGAGAGGUGUUGAGACCUGGAGUUCUCUGGUUCCUUAGGAAUCUAAACGAUCCGGAUUUUAAUCCUAUGAUCAACCUGCCAGUCUACAGACACGUCAGGAGAUUUUUAGCCUCUCUAGUCGUCUUCGGAACGAUCGUUCUCGUCAUGUUGAAGCUGCCCGUUUUCUUCAUCCAGAAGGUUCUGCCCACCUUUCUACCCUUUCAAGUUUCAAUGUCCAGUCCAGAAACUGUGAUGAGCGAACUCUCCCUGGAACUCCUCCUCCUACAAGUCAUCCUACCCGCCUUACUCGAACAGGGUCACAUCAGAAACUGGAUCAAGACCUUGGUCCGCGGUUGGUGUCUGGCCGUCUCCUACCUCCUAGACAUCAGGUCCUACCUUCUCGGGGAUGUCCCGCUCAAAAACGAUACUGAAACUGCCAACAAAACUGAAACCGCAAACAAAAAUGAAACUAAUGCCGAUGUUGAUAGCAAAGAUAACAAUGUAGGCCAGCAACCGAGAGCAGAAGUGGAUGAGAAAAAGUUGGAGGAGGAUGAAAAUGAAAAAUUAGGUCACCCGGAAAUGGAAGUCGAUCAGACGAAGAUGAAGACUGGCGUUCCAACUGGUCUUUUAAUUGGCGAACAUUUCGUGGAAACGCAAGCAACUAUACAAGAAAAAUUUGAUCAAACUGAAGCUAAAUUGGCAACGAACCAAAAUUUGAAAUCCAACCCUUCUGAUUUUGAAGUUAGUGAAACUAUUGCCGAAGGCACAAAGGAAGUUAAAAAAGUUAGCAAGAGUCAUAAAACAAAAUCGGAUUUGAAUCUUACAACUGAUAAUAAUCUACGUCGCGAUGAACCCGGGGUUAAAGGUCAAAUACCCGUAGAAUCUAACCAACCAGACGCGUCAGAAUCCACUAGAUCUACGAAUAACGAAAUCCCAUUGGACAGCAGUGUUGACCACGUAGCGGUAGCUGAAUUCCGAUUGGCCGAUGAAAAUCUCGGUCAGACCAUUUCAGAUUCUCAGAAGGUUUCUAAAACUAACUUCGAGGCCAUUGUUGAUAAGUCAAAUAUCGCCGAUUACAACCUGCUAGAAAGAUUGCUUUAUGGAGUUGAAGAUGUUAAUAAUGAUGAUAACGACAAUGGUGGUAAAGGUAAUGCAGAGAAAACAUCAUCUACUUCUGACGCUAAUUCUGGUAAUGCUGCUAGUGACCCACAGCUACCACAGCUACCGCUACUACAAUUUGUGGCUCCAAUGGGACUUGGUGAAAGGCACCAAGCAAUGAUGAAUGUAGCUGGAGCGUUAGGAUUCCAGCCCUACAAUACACCCACGUACUUCUCGAUCAAGCUGAUCGUAUUGGUUACUCUCAUGUGCCUAACUUUGUUCAUAACCAGUUUGAUCUCCUUCGUAGUUCCAGUGUACAUAGGCAGACGGCUGAUGUCAUUUUGGAUGGGUGACAGUCGAAUUCACGAACUCUACACGGCAGCCUUGGGUCUCUACGUUUGCUGGCUGGCCCUAAGGGUUGGCGGGGUAGUCUUCAAGUGGGUGCCCCAAGGGACCAAAUUUAUGGUGCGGAAGAUUUUGGAGUGGAUUGUUGUCAACUGGGCAGUCGGAGUUGUGCAAGUGAAGACAUUGGCAGCAUUCGCCCUGAUGGGGCCGAACUGGGAAUUCAGGAACGUUUUAGAACAGGUAUACGCCCAAGGUUUUAGAAACAUAAACGUCAUGUUGGUGGUGCGCAAGAUCUGCUGUCCGAUUUACAUUCUCCUCGGCCUCCUAAUCACGCUUCCAUAUCUCUUUGCCCAGAGUAUUGUUCCUAUCUUCGUUAAAGACAUGGAAACCCGCCACAUUGUGGAACGUCGCAUAUACCCCUUCCUAUUCGCCUGCUCACUGAUCUAUUGCUUCUGUCACUUCCAAGCCAGCCAGUUCAAGAGACUGUACGAACAUAUCAAGAACGAUAAGUACCUGGUUGGCCUGCGCCUUGUAAACUACGAGAAGAAAUGA